AGAUCUACCAGACAAGGACUUGGAAAUAGCGAUUUUAAAGAUGCUCAAGAAUGAAAGCAAGGUGUGAAGAAAGUGAUGUUGGAACGACAUGGAAAUAGAGAUAGAAAACUCAACUUCUAGCUGAAAAAUCCUGAGGCUGGGAAAGACAAUGACUGAAAUGAAAACACUCCGGGAAUCAGAGGCAGAUUCGUGCAGGCAGGAGAGUGAACUGGAAGGCGGAUGUGGGAACCCGCCCAGGCCUGAGGAGUGGAAGGAAAAACUGACCUGGGCACCGUGGCGGGAGGGCCAGGAAGUGUUUGAAGGAGUGAUGGCUGAGACGCCAAACUCGGAUGCCCAGAGGCCCCGGGACACACAGUGGCCUCGUCUUCCUCACAGACCUGUUUAGGGGAGCUGGGGACCCAGUUUGAGAUUCCCACGCAGCAGGAACCUCGGUGGGUGGGGUGGAGCGUGUCCUCCGCCCUGGGGGCCCAGAAGGCGGGGCCGUGCGUCCAAGGCGUAGGGAGGAAAGCAGUCCCCCGAGAUCCACGGGACUGUCCUGUGGAGUCCAGGCGCCCUGCCGCCGUGCCCAGGGGAGUGUCCAGAGGGAGGUGGAAGGGACACUGUGUGUGAACGAGGAGCUCCCUGAAGUGAGGAUUUCAGUAAAGACAAGGAAAGCCAGGUGUGGAGGCACACGCCUGUAGUCCCAGCACUCCGGGAGGCUGAGAGGGAGUCUGGGAAAGCUGUGAGGGAAGCUGCACGUCUCUGAGGAGCUGGGUGACGGGCGCUCUGGGUAGCAGGGCACAGUGGUCUGUCCGCCAUGAGCUGGAGCUUCCUGACCCGCCUGCUGGAGGAGAUCCACCACCACUCCACCUUCGUCGGGAAGAUCUGGCUCAGCGUGCUGAUCGUCUUCCGAAUUGUCCUGACUGCGGUGGGCGGGGAGUCCAUCUACUAUGACGAGCAGAGCAAGUUCGUGUGCAACACGGAGCAGCCGGGCUGCGAGAACGUGUGCUACGACGCCUUUGCGCCGCUGUCACACGUGCGCUUCUGGGUGUUCCAGAUCAUCCUAGUGGCCACGCCCUCCGUGAUGUACCUGGGCUACGCCAUCCACAAGAUCGCCAAGAUGGAGCAUGGCCAGGCCGGCAAGGCAGCGGCUCGGGGCAAGCCCUACCCCAUGCGCUGGAAACAGCACCGAGCUCUGGAGGAGACAGAAGAGGACCAUGAGGAGGACCCCAUGAUGUACCCCGAGAUGGAGCUGGAAAGUGAGAAGGAGAACAAAGAGCAGAGCCAGCCAAAGCCCAAGCAUGAUGGCCGGCGGCAGAUCCGGGAAGACGGGCUCAUGAAGGUCUAUGUGCUGCAGCUGCUGGCCAGGACGGUGUUCGAGGUGGGCUUCCUGAUAGGGCAGUACUUCCUGUACGGCUUCCAGGUGCACCCAUUCUACGUGUGCAGCCGGCUGCCGUGCCCCCAUAAGAUCGACUGCUUCAUUUCUAGACCCACCGAGAAGACCAUCUUCCUUCUGAUCAUGUAUGGCGUCACGGGCCUCUGUCUGCUGCUCAACAUCUGGGAGCUGCUUCACCUGGGCUUCGGGACCAUCCGGGACUCCCUGAACAGCAAGCAGAGGGAACUGGAUGAGCCGGGUGCUUAUAAUUAUCCAUUCACUUGGAACACGCCAUCCGCACCCCCUGGCUACAGCAUCGCUGUCAAGCCGGAUCAGGUCCAGUACACCGAGCUGUCCAAUGCGAAGAUCGCCUACCGGCAGAACAAGGCCAACACGGCCCAGGAGCAGCAGUACGGCAGCCGAGAGGAGCCGCUCCCGGCCGAGCUGGAGGCGCUACAGCGGGAGAUCCGGCUGGCGCAGGAGCGCCUAGACCUCGCCAUCCAGGCCUUCCACCAGCAGAGCCAGCCCCCGGCCGCCCGGGAGAAGAAGGCCCGAGCCAGCUCCAAGGCCGGCUCCAACAAGAGCAGCGCCAGCAGCAAGACGGGAGAUGGGAAGACAUCCGUCUGGAUCUGACCGCCCUCGGCCUCCGGCCUGGCGGCCUGGCGGCCUGGCUGCCGUGCUGCGUGGGGAGGCUCAGCGCUCGGGGGGGGGGGGCAGCGUGGAAGAGGGUUGCGAGUUCCCCGGGCGGCAGGGCGACAUCGCGGCUUCGGGUCCUGAGGGGAGAGAGAUUUAAAUCAUUCUUGUGGAGCAGUUUUGUAUGUACAGUAUUAUGGCACUUUUUUUUUUUUUUAACAAAAACUUUUGUAUUUGUACAUUGAACUACUGUAGUUAUACUUUUUUAUAUUAAAAAAAAAAUCCCUACAAGAAAUGCCUGUUAGGCCAGUGUUACUACCCUGUUUAGCAAGCUGCACGCUAGCUUUAGAGUUUAACCGAUGCUCACUUCUUCCAAGUGCCUGCUGUCCAGGCAGAGGCUUCAGGAGGCCAGGGGAGUUGGGCUGCUCUCCCUCCCGGGGAGCUGGCCCGUGUUCCUGACAUCCGUGAUGUUCACCAGCGUCAGAAGCACAGGGCUUCCCUGGAGGCCACACGCGCACACCCAAGUCCACUCAGUGGGGCUGGCCCGGGAGCUGCUUGGCCACUGUGACACCCACUGCCACCGCGGUGCCACCCGGCCCGUGUCCCCGGCCUUGUGGCCCCGAGGGCCUCUGCUCCGCCUGGGGCGCCUGACAGCUGCUGCUUCCUGUCGUCAUUUUGAAGUGCCAGUCCCCAUCAUUCAGGGAGUUAGGACAGCACCCUUUGCAAAGGUUUCGUGUUUAUCAGGUUGCAGUUUUUCCUCCUUACCACCCAAUUUUUUUAACCUUCUAGUCAUUCAUAUACUUACGUAUUGUUUUUGUUUUUUCCUUUUGUAUUUGUAUUUUUUAUUUUUUUUUCCUUUUGUAUUUUUAAAUGUUCACCUGGAAGAAUCCCUCGGGGCUUUAUUCUUUACUGUUCUGUGGUGCUGGGGAGUGAGCCCACGGCCUCUCACCAAGCUGCCUGGGGUGCCCCAACAAGCCCUCCCGCCUCAGCCUCUGAAAGUGGCUUUCUCAGGAUCUUUAAAAAUUUUAUUUUGUUUUGUUUUGGGUUUUGGUACUGGGGAUUGAACUUGGGACCUUGCUCUUUUGAGGCAGGCAGCAGAACCACUGAGCUAAAUCCCCGGCCCAAGAUUUUUAAAUAUUUUAAAAAGUAAACUCAAGUGAGAUUGGGAAGUGUCAGAAAAUGAUAGACGAGGUAUGGCCAAGAAAUACGGUGAAUGAGUUAGUUCUGUUGCUUUGUUUUGAAUUUUACUGCAGUGAAGGACACAUCGCCAUUGCUUUCAGCUUAACACCCUGGCUCACUGAAGCAGAUGGAGCCCCUUCCUGUCUGUUGCACUGUCCUGGCUGCCUCCAUGUCCUCAGCUGAUUUAAAACCCCUCCCUUGCGUCACUUUCACUUUGGGAGGACCCAGACGUCGCACGGUGUCCGACCUGGUUAAUCGGGUAGAUGAGGACUCUGAUGUCUCCACGAGCUGCCUUCCUGCUGCAUGCGCAUGGCAGCGGCAGUCAUGGUAUUUUUGAGCACACCCUGUAAAGACCAGGAAAGAGGGCUCCGGAAAUGGGCAAGAACAACAGGAUGAGUGCAUCGGAAGCAGGAGGAAGGACUUUGAAUGUGUCUUACUGUGACACAUUUUUAAAAAGUUUAUCCAUUGUAUUUUUUAACCACACCUGGUGUAUAUCUUGGGUAAUAACAGACAAGCAGUUUCCUCCAAACCCAGUGGGUAAUGAAAUGUAGCUAAUUCAAGGAAACAGCAGAACCCUAACCCUGAGCGAGGUGGAUGAGCUUUCCGUCUCCGCUGUAGCGCUUUCAGCAGACUUUGUAAUUGAAGCACAGAAAAUUUGCUUGCAUUGACUGCCAUUUACUGAGAGCCUGAGGGAGCGUGGUGCCCUCCUGCAGGGAGGCUGGGUUGUGAGCAAGAUGCAGAGGGAGGAGCUGAGCAGAAAUGGCCGGAAGCUCGGUGCCUGGCU